GUUAUUUCAUGAAUUCUCCCGAUACGAGUUCAUUCCCAUACCUUAACUUUAAUUAUAGCAUAAAAAAGAAACAGAUAGAUUAAUUAACUCUUGUGAAAGAACAAGAUGAACGUUAAAACUAUGCUUAAAGUUAAUGCGAGUCUUACACGAACAUAAAUGUCAUCAAAUUAAUAGUUCUGGGUUUGGUUAUUUAGAUUAUCAAGAAAAUACAUUAAAAGCUAGAUAUAAAGUAAUUUAAAGUGGUUGUAGCGAUGUCCGAAGAGGCUGCUUGCCGCUGCUGCCUGCUGCGACCUCCCGAGAAGGACUUGAAGACUGAAUACACAAGAUUAGGGGCAACAGAAAUUUAUGGAGAUAUGUUGAAGGAUUGCUUCGAAAUUCACAUAACACCAAGCCCAGAUGACGCGGAUGGCAUCUGCAUGGUCUGCAUCGCACGGCUGCGCGAUGCAAACGACUUCAAGUUACAAGUGCAACAGUGCCAGAAGGACUUUCAAGCUAAACUUAAUGCAUAUAGUGUUAAAGAAGAGACAACUCCUAAGGUGAAGGAAGAAAUCGAAGAUCUAGAUGACGAGAAUGGAAUAUAUUUUCUAGAAUUAAAGGACGAGAUAUCAGACGAUUUUGACGACUUUAAAGACGAGGAUGACAACAAGAAGUUGGCGGAGAUGCUGGGUUUUAAAGAUGUCACAAUUAAGAAACACUCCACCAAGCGACGCACCAAGAAACUUAUUAUGGAUAAGACGGGGACUGAUCUGAAAGCCAAGAACCGUUCGAUGAAGAUAUCUUUUCGUGCCCUCUCUCAUAUGAACAAGCUGCUUAAGCCAGUCAAGGUAUCUCCUUCAAUAAGACUAGUGAGUGACAACACAAAACACAAAGUGAACAUCGACAACUUACUCAAACAUUCCAACUGCACGCCGUUCUUGAACAAAACUCUCGCUGGCCUCAUCUGCGCAUACUGCAAAAGUACUUAUCAAGACCUGAACUUACUUCAAACGCACAUACAAGAGACCCACUCAACAGACAACCUUAUCGAUAACAAACGGAUGGACAGAAACAACCUCUCAAUAAAAAUUGACGUCACAGACUUAAAAUGCAAGUUAUGCAACCUCAACGUCGACACCAUAGCCAAUUUAAAAAAACACCUGAUCAAAGACCACGAUGUCAAGUUUUAUCCCGACGUAAAAGACUAUGUACUAGAAUUCAAAUUGACAGAUGGUGAAAUUUUAAACUGCGCCCUCUGUAACUCAACAUUUGAAACUUUCAAAAUGUUAUUACAACAUAUGAACGGACAUUACAGGAAUUAUAUUUGCGAAAUAUGCGAUUUGGGGUUCAUUAAUAAGCAUAAAUUGAGGAAUCAUCAGCGUACACACGAUAUAGGCAGUUUCAAUUGUUCGUUCUGUGAAAAAGUCUUUACAACAAGAGUCCGGAAGUUGUGUCACGAGAAAUACACUCACAAUUCGAACGCUCGUUAUACAACUAAUUGCCCGCACUGCGAUCAGUCUUUUACAAGUUAUUACAGACGAAAUAGGCAUAUGUCUGUUGAACAUAAUUCCGCGGCGGCGACUUACAAAUGUAAUAUAUGCGACAAAUCCUUCAUUUUGAAAUCGAAACUGACAUCUCACAUAAAGAAAGUACAUCUAAUGGAACGCAAUCAUAUUUGCAGCGAAUGCGGACAAGGUUUCUUUAUAAAACAGUCGUUAGAUGAGCAUAUGAUUAAGCAUAAUGGCGAAAGGGUUUUCAAAUGUACGGUUUGCAGUAAGGCCUAUGCUAGAAAGAAAACCCUUAGAGAACAUAUGAGAAUUCACAAUAAUGAUAGGAGAUUCAAGUGUGGGGUCUGUGCGUUAGCCUUCGUCCAGAAAUGCAGUUUGAAAAGUCAUAUGCUGUCAAAUCAUGGGAUAACUUUGGCUGAAUAUGAGAAUUCUAGGACUGAAAAUAGUCCAUAGUUUGAAAUUUAUUUAUAGAA